AUGAAAAUAUGUUAUCAUGCCGGAUUGCAAAGGUGUGUCGUGUCAUCGGACACUGGGCAGUAUUCGUCCAACUUGAUUGAAAAAUUAAAAGACUUGUACAAAUCUUUAGGGGACCAGCACAGUUCGUCCUCUGCGGUUAAGAGAAUACCCCUUAACUUUCUCCAAGGGGAUGAAUUCCGAACAGCGUUGGGUAUCUAUAUUAGGCCUCUCUUACAUCAGCGAGUCCCUUCAUUGUUCUCUGACCUUCGCCCAUUGUAUGAACAGCCUGACAAGGCAGACAUCAUUGAUAAGGUGAUGCUGGAGUUAGAAAGUUUGAUCAGGGAAAACAAUGAAUCCAUUCCGAUACCACUGUGGACUUUGUGUUUGUUAGCUCAGCAUUAUGACAGACGUGGCCGGUAUGAGAUAGCUCUCAGCCAGGUGAAUGAGGCUAUUAAGCAAAAUGAAGCAGUUGCUGUAGCUCUUGGCCAGGUGAAUGAGGCAAUUAAGCAAAAUGAAGCAGUUGCUGUAGCUCUUGGCCAGGUGAAUGAGGCAAUUAAGCAAAAUGAAGCAGUUGCAGAGUUAUACUUGGUCAAGGCAAGGAUAUUGAAGCAUACAGGUGACCUAGAAACUGCUGCUUCUAUGGCAGAGAAAGCCAAGGACAUGGAUCCUAAAAACAGCUUCACAAAAAAGAAGUACAUAAAGCACAUGCUUCAGAUUGACAAGGAUGUAAUGUUUACAAAGGAUAAAGAUGAUCAACAAACUUCUUUGCCCAACAUGGAGUGCAUGUGGUAUGAGCUUGCUUUGGGAGACUGUUACUACCGACGUGGUGAUCUGGGGAAGUCGUUGAAAAAUUACCUUGCUGUUUUGACAUACUACACAAAGCUGAGUGAAGAACGCUUUGACUUUCGUUCUUAUCAGUCAGGGGGGCUGACUCUUCAUACAUCUGUUGAAACAUUGAGAUGUCAAGAACGGCUGGAUCCAGGCUCAUAUUUUCAUAAAGCAGCUACUGGAAUCAUUAGGUGCUAUAUGAAGCUGUAUGAUUCUUCUACCAAAUUAGACGAUGAAGCACUAAUGUCAACGACCGUUAAGAUGCCUCUCUCUAAAAAGAAGAUGCAAGAAACAACUGUUACCAGAGUCUCAAAUACUAAAAACUUGGUGGAUACAAAGGCUAGAAAAGGGGUUAAAUCCCACGCAAAGGAAUUGUGCAACAAAGACAAGGAAACAAGCAGAUCCUCAAAAUAUCUUGAUCCCAUUGGUGCAAAGUUAUUGCAGGUUGAGAAUCCAUUAUUGGAAGCUACGAAGUACUUUAACUUGCUCCAAAAGAUUCACCCAGAUUCUUUUGGGACACAUGUCCUCUUGUUUGAACUUAGUAUGAGAAAGUAUGACAUGUUAGAGGUCUGCAAGGCGUCAAAAAAUCUUGUAAGACUGGAGGAAGAUAACCCUGACACACUGCGAUAUUUGGUACGGUUUCUUGGCAGACUGGAUAGCAUGGUUUUAGAAGAAUCUGUUCGUACUGCAUUAGCAAUUCCCAUAAGCACUUUACGUGAAAAAUCAUUAAUAAAAUUGAUUGAGGAUUUCCUUGUGCGAAACAAAGGUUCGAUUGUCCAUAUGGUUGCAGCAGCAGAAAUGCUGUUCUAUUUACAGCCAUAUAAAAAGCUCCCAAUUGUGAAUUGUAUCAAUGAAACAGUGUAUGACUUCUACCUAAUCCCGAGCUGUUUAGAUGUAUGUAUAUAUAUGCAUUUCCAUUUUGAAAGAGACUUAUGGUGGAUCACAAAAGAGUUUAAAGAACUUUUCCCCUUCCCAUCCUAUUUUAGGACCUUGGCCAACAAUGACACCUCUUCAAAAUCCGAAGAAGAAGUUUGGGUGUUUGAUUCCGGCAGUACUAGGCAUGGUUGCAGCAAAAUAAGUCGUCUUCUAAGAAAGCGUGAAGAAGUAGGACAUUUUUCAACUUCAAGUGGGAAAAUAGCAUUAUAUACUGUAGUUGGCGACGUUUUGGUUAAUUCUGAAGAUUGCGGGAGAUCUUAUUUUCUGGAGGAUGUCGCCCAUUUCCCCCGUGGCAGAAAUAUUAUUUCUGUCAGGAGAUUUGUAGAGCAGCAUCAUUGCUUAGCUCAGUUUCUUCUCAGGGAUUCUAGAUAUAUCAGUAUGGUGGCUCGCGAGUAUAUUCUCGCCAGAGGUUUUACAUCGGGGAACAAAUACAAAUUUAUCGAGAAGUUUCCCGAUAAAAAGGAAACGGAUUCGGGUUGGUUUGUUGAUUCAGGCAGCAGCUGCCACACAACAUGUGAUGAGUCUUGUCUUACUGGUAUAGAAGACUGUGAGCAAAUAGCUCUCCGUGAUGUAGAUGGUGAAGUGACAACCUCUUCCCGGAAGGGAGCGUGUGAGUUAACAUACACAGAGAAUGGAGUGACAACCAGAUUUCUGAUGAAGGAUGUGUAUGUUUUCACAGAAGGAGUGUCUUUGCUGUCUGUGUCAUGUUUUACGAGAGAUAACAAGUGCUCAGUCCUUUUUGCGUCAGAUCAGUACUAUAUCUUGGAUGCUGAACAUGAUAUGAUCCUGAAACCCGAACUAAUUUGUGGUUAUGGUACAGAACAUAUAGGGAUUUAUAAUCUACGUUGA